CAUCUGAGUGAUAACUGGAAAAAUCAGGGUUAGUUAUUUAAACAUUUAAUGACAUAAAACACAUAAUUGCUCAAUUAGGAGAAAGUGGAAAACUUAAAGUCGGUGUUAUGGAUCAACUGGGGAUCGUGUUAACUGGGGAUGUGCGCGUGCACGCAAGUAUGUUUACCUGGAUUUCCAGCAGAUGUUAGACGGCGACAGAUUCGUCACUGUGAUAUUCCACGGGUCAUAGAUUAAAAAACGUGUUUCACCAGUUGUAUACAUUGGCAUCAUGCAUAAUAAAGCGUUUUGAUUCCGCGGUGUCCGUACCUGCGUAUGUCACGCGGUUUUAGGGAAGUUUACCAUGUUCCGAUCUCACACUCACAACCACGCUCACGUUAACACGGGACAUUUGUUUCAAUGGAUGAUCAAACUCUUCAACGAACUGAAAAACGCGCGACAAUUUCAACUCUACAGCAGUGAUGAAUACCCGCCACUCUGUUGUGAUGAAGUUUGGCAGUUGGCACAUAUAUGUCGGUGGAGGAAGAUUGCAAAGGAGUAACUGAACGUUAUAGGCCACUGAGGGGCAAAAUGCUGUUGCGUGUUCAAUUCGGGGAAGAGCAGAAAUAGGUCAAGCUAUCUGAGCUGACAUUUGAUGCUUUCUUGAAAGAAGUGUGUCUAAAAUUCAACAUACCAGAAAGCAGGCAGCCUGACAUUAAGGUGUAUGACCAGUCAGACACAGAAGUUGACACAGAGGUUUUUGAAGAAAUAGUGAAGGAGUCACCUGGAACUUUCAGAAUCAUGCUGGGCAAUGGAGGACUUGGUGCCUCUCAAUCAUCAUCAUGCUCGGGUACAUCUGAUGACACCGUCAUCCUGAAUUUUAUGAUGUGUGACCCUGUUGAAGAAGUAGCCGCUGCUGAAGGAAGCCAGCCUAAAAGGCCAUGCCACAUAAACUAUGAGGCAAAAGCGGUAAGUGGUGGUCCAAUCUGAAUGUUGUUUCACCAUGGGAAGUGUUCUUUAGAUAACUAUUUUUUUUCAGCAUUACAUUUGGUUUUACAAUAACGGAAAGCACAUUUUAUUCCACCUAGUUGAUUGAAAAAAUCCUAACAUCAAAGCCUGGUGGUGAACGCAUUAUGCAAGAGUAUGGAAAAACCAAAUCUCUGACAGACGCCACCAGAAGACAGAUGAUAAACAUACUUGCUGCUGAGAUGACAGAAACACAUGGGACAUCCCCCCCCAAAAGUGUCAGAGUGAUGUAUGCACAGGGGAUAGUAGCUUUGUUUCCCUAUCUAGAAGACCCAUACUCACAACAUGGAUAUGAACAUUACUAUGAUCCGGAGAGUGGUUCGGGAUACCUUGCAUGGCGAUUGAAGACCAUACAAAGAAAAACAGCAGAGGAAAGAGGUGCCUCAGUCAGCAAAUCUCCUAAAGUUGGUGGGCCAGGCCGUGGUCGUCAGCCCUUCACCUAUGACAGAGAGCCAUCUGAUGAGAAUGUGGAAGCAGCUAUUGCUGUUUUGAGACACUCUGCUGAUGAAAAGACUGUCCGUGAGAAGAUGAAAAUGACCUUCAUAUAUCGGCAAGCAAUGGUCAACGAUGAAGCCAAAUCAUCAGAUGUCUUCUUGGUCUUCCCACGAUUUCUGGACACACCAGGACUGAUAGAAGAAUAUUUCAGACUUCUGUUUGGUGAGGCCACGGCCAACAAAUUCUUGGAGAAGUGGCCAACCACUUUCAAAACAAAAGUAAUAAAGGAAAGCCAUGGACUUGUACCCACCACAGAACUCUUGGAUUUGAUGCGCAAUGCUGAGUCAGCUGCUGAAGUUGAGAAUGGCUGGGACAGUGACAUGUCUGCCAUCUUGCUGCUGCUACAUUUGCUACCACCAUCUGCACAAGGUAGAAAGAGGCCAGGAAAGAUGUCUGCAUAUCAAGCCGUAGAUCAGCUCAUCAGAUUUCAAAAGGUUGGAACCAGUGUGCAGCAGCAUCUAGACAACAUCACCCAAAGCAGUCAGCCCUACCUUCUCGCCCAGGGAUCCACACAGAGCACCAUUCACUCCUACUUCAUUGUGGUUGACAAGCAUGCACUUCCAUGCAAGGCAAAAGGUUCAGUUGGAGCUUUUGACGAACUCUUUAAAGCCCAUUACGUCUUUGGUACGUCAUACAGUUCUUCUCUGAGCAGCUUUUUCACUUUUGUGCAAACAACCAUCUAUAACAUCGACAUGGGGGAAACAAAGGAAACUCCUAGAGUUGCAGAGUUGCGAGCAAGAAUGGUGCGUUAAUUGAGAUAAAACUAUGAAGUGUUUUCUUUGCAAAAGUGACCAUGGAAGUCCAAACAACCUUGUUAAGCACUUUAAGGUAAUUCAUGGGCUAUGUACAGGCAGGACUCUUUUUCUUAAGUGUGGUCAAGAAGGAUGCUCACGUUCUUUUGGUAGUUUUUCUGGUUUAAGAAAGCAUCUUAAUAAGUGCCAUGGAAGCAGCUUAGUUGAUUCUGUAGAAUAUGAUCUUACAUAUCCUCAAAGUACAGUCAAUACAAGUAAUGUUUCUCAUGUUGAAGAGUCGACUGAAUAUUUAGAGGCUGCUGAGUCACAGUUAUCUUCGCCAUACAUUGUAAAUAGUUGUUCAGCUGUAAUUUCUGAUCUAAAGGCAGCAGGUGUUGGUCAAAGUACACUGAAUUCUGUAGUGAUUUCCAUGGAAGAGAUCGUUCAAGAUAUCCAUCAGCAUGCUAAAGAGACAGUGAUAAAGCAUGUAUAUAGUAAUGAAAGAGAAACGGAAAUAUGCAAGAAAGUUGAGGCGUGUUUUGAGGGGUUAGA